ACAAGUUGGCUCACAAUAAUCAUGGUUUUGUAAGUCUUAUAAAAGUUAUAACCUCCUAUUUAUUUCCAAUUCAAUUUGUAUCUCAUUUUAUAUAAAUAGUAUUUUCAAUUAAAAAAACCAAGAAUUCAAAAUGGAACACCCUAGCGGUCACACGCGUCACACUACUCAUGUAGAAGAUGAUCUUCAAGAUGCUUCCAUACAAACUGGUCAUAAUGAAGAUGAGAAGCCUGAGAAGAAAACAAUGAUGAUGAAAGUAAAGGCGAAAGCAAGGAAGAUUAGAGACAGUAUUAAGAAUGUUGGACAUAGUCAUGAUCAUGAUCAUGAUCACGAUGAGAAUGACGACGAUGAUGACGAGGAGGAGGAAGUUGAGAUGGAUAUGGACUCUGAAAUCCAAGGCACUCAUACUGCUCAAACCGGCACACCAGGGAAAGAGGAAGUUACAAGGCAGAAGCUGCAUGAACCAAAACUGGUAGAAAGAACAAUAGGUGAAGAUAUCCAAGUUCGGAACAGACUAGGUGAUUAUCAGACAUUUGAUCCUACUUCUGAAACAUUCACUCCUGGACAUGAUCAGACCUUAGGUUGGUCGAGGACUGAUACCGGAAAGCCAAAAGAGUACGGUGGAAGUCAUAGUACUGAAGCUUCUGAUAAAGAGAUGAAUGCAGCAGCUCCUGUAAAUCUUGGAGGUGUUGUUGUUGGUUGUGACCAUCAGGUCCCGAAAGAUGUAGGGGAAGAUAGUCAUUCUGCUAAUUAUCAGUCUGAAGUCAUUGAACCAACAGUUACUGGAUUCGAAUUCCCGGUUGCUCAAAGUCAUUCACCAGCAAAUAAGCCACAGGGCGAUUUUCAGACCUUUAAUCCUAGGACUGAUACUGAAAGGCUAAACAAGUCAGAGGAAAUGUUCAAUGAAUCGAAUAAUGCACCAAUAUCAGCCCAUUCAGGAAAUGAAUCACAUGAAAGAACUGCAAUGGAAGGGGUGGUUCAUGCACCGGGAAACAAGACAGAAGGCGAUUAUCAGACCUUUGAUCCUAAGACUACAAGCUAUGUUCCGGGACAAGAAGAGACCUUGGGUUGGUCUAGGACUGAUACCGGAGGGCUAAACAAGUCCGAGGAACUUUCCAAUCUAUCGAACAACACUUCAACUGAAACUCAUUCAGGUGAUGAAGAAACAAGGAUUAUUCAAAUCCUGAAUCAGAUGGAUUUAAUGAAUGUUAACGAAGAAUCGCAGCAGAAACCAACAGCACCAGAUGAUUCUCACCUGAACAAAACAGAACAUCAUAAUCCACUAGAUGAGAAAAUCUCAACUGAAAGCCACCAUGAUCAGUUCUUUGCAAAGCCAGACACAUCUGAGACGGGCCCAGCUGUUCAAGCUACUACUACUCCAGCCAGUGACGGUAAUAGCUACACCGGAAUGAUAUCAAAUGCGGCUGCAAUGGUGGCUGAUAAGGCAAUGCAAGCCACUAGUGCUGUUACAUCAAAGCUAGGGUAUGGUGGGCCAUCCACCGGGCCUACUAGUCCUGAUCAGCAGCACUCAACAACUGAUGUAACUUCAGAAAUGCACGACAACAACCCGUCAGAUAAGCCCGUGGGUACUACUUAUGGGGAGAGAAUGUCGAGUGCCACAGCUGUUGUUACUGAUAAAGCUAUACAAGCCAAGGAUGUUGUAGCCACUAAGCUAGGCUAUGGUGGCAGUCCUGAUCAGCAGCACUCCACUGAUGUGACUUCAGAAAUGCAUGAAAACCCGUCAGAGCAGCCCGUGGGUACUACCUACGGGGAGAAAAUAUCGAGUGCCACGACUGUUGUUACUGAUAAGGCUAUACAAGCCAAGGAUGUUGUAGCCGCUAAGCUAGGCUAUGGCGGGCCGUCCACCGGGCCAUCCACUGGGCCUAUUACCGGACCAUCCAAGGGGCCUAUUACCGGGCCAUCCACCGGGCCUAUUACAUGGGGGGAUAAGGGAGUGGCAGUGAAGGAGUAUUUGGUAGAGAAACUGAAGCCCGGUGAAGAUGACAAGGCGUUGUCCGAGGUUAUAACUGAAGCCUUGCCUUCGCCCUUACACAAACCGAAGGAGGAGGGUGUGACUAUAAUAGGGAGAGUUGCAGAGCCUAAAGAGGUGGUGCAAAUGAUUGAUCAUAUUGAGGAGAAGAAUGAUGAUGGUAUAGUGAUGGGUGAAGAUGACAAGGCAGUGUUCGAGGCUGUAGUUGGGAAGGUAGGGGGAGGGGACGAGGUUGCGGAAAGGCUUGGUUGGGGGGAGGAGAAGAAGGAGGAUGGUAGUGAUAAUGGUGGUGCAGGGGUGGUUAGUCCAGGGAAGGGUGUAAUGGAAAGGAUUAAAGAUGCUGCUAGUGGGUGGUUUCAGAGUAGUGAUGAGUUUCCGUCUCAGGAUACCGGUACCGGUACCGGUCAUAUCACACAAGGAACGGAAAGUUUUCCCAUUUCUAGCAUGGAAAGUGAGCAGAAAAGAAUCGGUGGUGCAGGGUCUCUUUAGUAAUUUGAGCUUAGAUAUGUGUUCCGGGUCUGGAAGUGGAACUGGGGGAUGAUCUGGGAGUACCUUGCCCUGUCAAGUAGAGCAAACGUUAGCCCCACUUUACGACCCAGUACAAUAUGUUGUAUUCCCGGAUUUUUUUUAUUUGUGAUGUGUAAACAAUAGCAGUUUGCUUCAGGAGUAAUGCUGCUAGCUUGCUAGGAAUGUACUUCAAAUUAACAACUGUUGUAAUUUUGUAAAUAAAGAACUGGACACUUUCCAGAGUUUGUGAA